AUGCAAGGAGGCGCGAUAAUGAAUCGACCUGGUGGUGGUGGUUCGGCUGUUUUUGGGUCAGAUGGUCGGAAGUUGACAGUCGAUUAUUCUGAAACCGAGGAGACGAUCUUGUGUGCCACGUUGGACUCGGAGGAUAUACUCAUGUCAAAGGCAUUUGUGGAUGUGUGGGGACACUACUACAGCCGGCCGGAUUUGUUGUGGUUGGGGACUGAGAAUGAGGUUAAGAUGCAUGUUCGAUCAAAAAACUAG